AUGCAGAUCAAGUACGCCUUCCUCGCCCUCUUUACCUCGAUGGUUUUGGCCGCGCCCAGCAACCUUGAAAAUGAGUCUCAGAUGGAGAAGAGGUGCUUCAACAAGUGGGGAGACUGCAACACGCACGACGACUGCUGCGGUGAUCUGAAGUGCACCCUGCACUUGACGGGCGACUUCAAGGGACUGUGGUGCGACAACUAA